AUGGAGUCAGCAGGAGCAGGUGCCCCUGUUGUGGGGGUAGAGGAGCGCGUCCAGGAGCACGCAACGAUGCUCCACCAUCUCGGCACUGUCAUGGACCGCAUCGUCCAGACUAUGGAUGCUGGGAGAGACAGGGAGUCCCUCCAGCGCCCCCACGAGCACAACAGGGGUCUCCACUACACGCCUCCCCUGCACCCGGUCCCAGUGGGAUUUGUCUCGCCCUUCCCAGGGAGCAUCGGUCGGACGGUGUGCUGUCUGAGUGGGAAGUACUGGUGGCCCACCUUGGCAAAGGACGUGAAGGUUUAUGUUUCCUCCUGCUCGGACCGGCCAGGGGAGGACCGGCUCUGCCACUCCUGCACCAACCUCUUACCCUUCCAGUGCGUACUGGGGUACCAGCCAGUUCUGGUGCCUAGGCACACUGAGCCCAUGCAGGAGCCGCAGGAGAACCUGGGUGUUCUUAGGGACAUCAGCAGCCCUAUCACAUCUGAUGAAGAGUACCUCAGCCCACUGGAGGAAGGCAUGGAUUUUGGAGGGCCUGAGACAAGGAAGAUAGUCGACACACGAUUCAAGGAGCCCCCUGCAUUCCAGGUAACUAUGAAUGAUCAAGCGGUCAUUGAGGGGCAAGAAGUGACCAUGUCUGUCCGACUAAAUGGACAGCCCAAACCCAUGCUUUAUUGGCUGAGGGACAGGGAAACGAUAAAAACAGACUUGCACCACACAGUGCGUGAGACCAAGGACGGCACUUUUGAAAUGACCAUCAACUCUGCUCAGAAGUCGGACACGGGAGUGUACACCUGCAAGAUCAUCAAUGAGUAUGGAACAGAGCAGUGCGCAUGCAAACUGGAGGUGAAAGUGCCAUCAGUGGAGCCAGGCCUAACAAUUAUCCGUCCAGUGAUGGACAUCACAGCGGACGCAGGUGAAACGGUUAUGUUAGAUUGCCACAUAAUUGGACCACUGGACACAGACGUCGAUUGGCUUGCAGAUGGUAAACUAAUCCAGCCAUCUCUGCUCAACUGCAAAAUGCAUUUUGACGGGAAAAGGUGCAUGCUGCUCCUCAACUCAGUGCACGAGGACAACAGUGGCACCUAUAUGUGCAAGCUGACCUCGGCCAAAGAGGUACUGACUUUAAGUGGCCAACUCAAAGUCAUCCCUUCCAUCAAGCCCCUUUUCACCCGCAAGCUGGAUGCCUUAGAGGUGAUUGAGGGACGUAACGCCCGCUUUGACUGCAGGGUCAGCGGAACACCACCUCCAAAAGUCCGCUGGAGACAUUUUGACCAUACACUGGUAGAGAGUGACAAUGUGCAGAUCUUACAAGAGGGAGGACGUCACUCCCUCAUAAUCUCUCAUGUCACCAACGACGAUGAGGGCUUCUACACAGUCAUCGCUUGCAAUCCACAUGGCGAUGCCGAGAGUGCCGCUGAACUCUAUGUCCAGGAGCCCAAACCUGCUAUGUCAUCUCAAAUGGUGAAGCUAGAGAAGAUGCCGUCCAUCCCGGAGGAGCCUGAGGUGCUGGUCAACGAGGUUGAGCGCUUCAUCAUGCCUGACUUUGUCAAACCACUGUACGACCUGGACGUGAUUGAGGGCAAGGAGGCCGUGCUCAAGUGCAAGGUGGCCGGCCUGCCGUACCCCUCAAUCGUGUGGUUCCACAAUGGCAAGAAGAUCGACAGCAUGGAGGACAGGAAAUUGACACAGUUCAGAGACAUCCACAGCCUGGUCAUCAGCCCUGUCUGCAAUGCUCACGGAGGGGUGUACAAGAGUGUCAUCUCCAACAAGGUGGGCAAAGCCACUUGCUAUGCCCAUCUAUUUGUGACUGAUGUUCUUCCAGACCCUCCAGAUGGGCCCCCAGUAAUAGAGGCGGUUACUGGCAAGACUAUCACCCUGAGCUGGAAGAAACCACGGAGGCUGGAUCCCUCUAUUGAUCCCAACACGUUGAUGUAUGCCAUCCAACAACAAGCACUGGGCUCGAUCCAGUGGACCAUUAUAGUGUCCAGUCUGAAAGACCCUUGCUAUACAGUGACCAGCUGCUCCAAAGGAGUCUGCUAUGCCUUCAGGGUCCUGUCAAUCACCACCAAGGCCUUUAGCAAACCCUCUCCGUCCACAGACCCAGUGCAACUUGUCAACAGAGGUCCAUAUCUUCAGGAGGGUCCGGUGAUCAUUGAUAAGCCAGACAUAGUCUAUGUCCAGGAGAACCUGUCAUUCAGCAUCACCAUCACUCUGAACCACGUCAACGCUUCAGUUAUCUGGAAGAGUGGAGUGGUCCUUGCAAUCAAACCUGGGCUGUAUGAGAUGAGUAUGCCUGAUGAUGACCAGCACUCUCUGAAGAUCAUGAGGGUGAAGAGUGGCGAUGUGGGUCAACUGAUGUGUGUUGCCUCCAACAAGUUUGGCGUCGACUCCUGCAUCUUUAGUGUGGAAAUGGCAGCACCACCAACCUUUGAGUCCAUCAUGGAGGAUGUGGAUGUGCACAUGGGGGAGACACCUUGCUUGGCUGUGGUUGUGGAGGGCAAGCCCAUUCCCGACAUCCUUUGGUUUAAGGAUGAUACAUUGUUGUGCGAGAGUAGUCACAUCACCUUUGUGUAUGAUGACAACGAAUGCUCCCUUGUGCUGCUCAACACAAGUCCAGAAGAUUCAGGGGUGUAUACCUGCACAGCCAAGAACCUGGCUGGUUCUGUGUCCUGUAAGGCUGAGCUCACCGUGCGCACAGUUAAAGAAGACAAGGAGGAUACAAUGGAGGACGAGGAGACCGUUCUUAGGAGGACGCGCCGGCUGACUGACUACUAUGACAUCCACAAGGAAAUAGGGAGAGGGGCUUUCUCCUAUGUGAAACGAGUGACGCAGAAGGUUGGUAAAAUGGAGUAUGCUUCCAAGUUCAUCUCUGCCCGAGCCAAGAGGAAGGCCUCUGCUCUGAGAGAGAUGAAACUACUGUCUGGGCUGGACCAUGAGAGAGUCCUGUAUUUCCAUGAUGCCUUCGAGAAGAAGAACGCAGUCAUCAUUGUCACAGAGAUAUGCAAUGAGGAGUUGCUGGAGAGGUUAACAAAGAAAUCUACAGUAAUGGAGUCAGACAUCCGCUCUUGCAUGAGACAGUUGCUGGAGGGUGUGGACUACCUUCACCAUCAAAAUAUCAUCCAUCUGGAUAUCAAGCCUGAUAACAUCCUCAUGGCAGACCACCAUGGUGAUCAAAUCCGCAUCUGUGAUUUCGGAAACGCCAUAGAGCUCACACCCGACGAGGCUCAGUACUGCAAAUACGGCACACCAGAAUUUGUUGCCCCAGAAAUUGUCAACCAAACUCCUGUGUCCAAGGCAACUGACAUCUGGCCGAUUGGAGUCAUUACAUAUUUGUGCCUGACUGGAGUGUCUCCGUUUGCUGGAGAGAAUGACCACAGAUCCUUGCUCAACAUCAGGAACUUCAAUGUGGCCUUUGAGGAGAGUAUGUUCACUGACCUGUGCCGAGAAGCCAAGGGAUUCAUCAUCAAACUGCUGGUGGCAGACAGACUGAGGCCUGAUACAGAAGAGGGUCUCCGUCAUCCAUGGUUCAAGACCCUUACCAAGGGGAAGGCAAUAAGCACAGAGACCCUCAAGAAGUUUGUGGCGCGCCAAAAGUGGCAGCGGUCCCUUAUCAGCUACAAAUCCAAAAUGGUCAUGAGGCCAAUCACUGAGUUGCUGAAUGACUCAUCCAGCCACAUCUCCAUCGCUGUUCCCAGACACCUCAAUGAGGGCUCACCCCCACCAUCAUCGUCCUCUGACUCCGACGAAGAUAUUGACAGGCUGCCCUUCAUUCCAAUGCCACUCAGUAUGGAGUUCUCCGGAUCAAGAAUGUCUCUAAACGAGAUCCAGGAAGGCACAAGCCGGUCAAACGGCACUAUUGAAAGUUCAGGGUCAGCAGUCACCCAUGGCCAAGAGGCGAUGGAGUGUGAAUCCAUGGGGAAAGAGAAAGAGGCUGAAUAUUCCACAGGUAGGGGGCGCGCCAGGAAGAGGUUGACGCAAGAAAAUGACAAGGGGUCCUCGGAUGAGGAGUUAGCAGAGUUGGCGCAAGUAUCCGAGAAUGCUAGAAGGCCCUUGUGCAGAGGCUCGAGCUUGGAGUUGGACAAGCAAGAGGGUGGACCCAGAAGGGGGCAGCUACAUAGAGGGGGCUCUGCUGACAGUGCGCUGCUACUCCACAUCGUUCCAGAAGAUAGAGCAGACGACAAAAUCACUGAAAAAGGCGGCCAAGUCCUCAGAAAGGCGGUAUCCAUGGAGUUCCCUAGGAGGAGCAUGAGUCCAGGUCCUCUGAGUCAAGAGGACUAUGCUCACAAACUGGAGCUGAUGAGGCAGAGGUUGCUCCGAGGUGGCUCUGUGGACAAGAAAAUGAGCGGCCUGCGAGGACCCCUGCUGGAGACACUGGGUAUGGAUGAUGGAAAGUGGCGGUCGUCGUUGCUGGAGUGCUACUCGCGCACUACCCGCUUAUGGGUUCCUCCAUUAACCAAGGCAGUCUCCAGCGACGAGCCCAGAGUGGACGUGCUCAAACCCAAAUUCCUUCGCAAGAGCGCCUCCUUCAGUCAAGGAGAUGAUGCAGAGCCCGUUCCCCUGCACCGACGCACCGGGGUACCACUGGAAAUCCCGCUGGCUCAGAUAGAGGAGCGAAGGCUAAAGGAGGCCAUAUCCAUGUCUGCUCUCACUGAGCCAUUCAAUAAUGACUCCUGUCCCGUGACUCUCAUGGAACCUACCCCUAAACUUCCCACACCAAGCUCAGUGCCUAGGGAACAUGAGACGAAAACUAAGAUGGAGGAAGAGGACUCAUCAAUAGACAAGGAGAUUAAGACUGAGAUGUCCAUUCAUGAAAAAACGAUGAUGGAACCAGAGUACACGGCCCCGAGGGAGCCUAUCCCUCCUUGGAGGGAGUAUAGCCCUCCUGUGAGGGUUCUUAAAUUAGAGGAACAAAUGAAGAAAGAUAAAGAAGAGAUUGAGGAAAAUGAGACUGUUCCUGUUGUUGAAGAAAAAGCUAGGGAAGUUGAAGAAGUACACAAAGAAGUACAAAAAGAAGUAAAAAAAGUAGAAAGGGAACUGAAGGCACAAGUUAAAUCUUCUAAGAUGGUCAUUACUACAAGUUCUCAUAGGGUCACGCCAGCACCAGCAUCUUCAAGGGCACCAGCAAAUGUUAUGACUCCCUCUCCACCUGCCCUAACUGUGCUCCCAGAUGGUAGGACCUCUGCGUACACUAGUAUAAUGCAGACCAUCAUGGUCCCCUUGCUUCAGCCCCUAGUUAGCCCUCUGUUAGCAGACUCCACCCCUGUGGUUGUUCCAGUCCCUGUGCAAGCCCCAUUUCUAGCACCAACAUUUAUAAACACACCUACAUCUGUCCCGGGCCCAACAAAGCCAGUCACUCUGCUAUCCACACCAAGGGAACAGCCUGCAGUCUAUUCAAGGGUGGCAUCCCCCGAGCCCAAGGAACCGAGUCCACCCAAGGUUUCCCCAUGCACUACACCCCAGUCUGAGCUCUCGCCAGUGGGACAAAUCCUCUACGGCAUUGCCUCUGAGGAAGUAUUUGAGGCCCGCUUCAAAAAGCGUGAGUAUUCUCUAACGCAAGGCCUGCAGCUUCUCAACUGGUCAAAGCCUGAGAAUAAACCAGUAGCCUCUUUGGACUCUGCCAAGUCAGGCGAAGAUGUAUACUGCCCUGGGCCCAUUGGAGCACCGUUUGUGUUUGUCCCCAGGAGACUGGAGGAGAAAUCCAAGUCGGUGCAGGAUCUCUGCGAGACCCAGAAGGACGAAGGCUUUAUGAGAAGGAUUUCCAUGCAUCUCAAGAGGACUCCUUCAACCGAAAGCAAGGAAGAAAAGCCCAAGGAGGAAGAACCAGUGACUCCCAGGCGCCGGCUCUCCUGGGCUCUCCGCAGCCGAAGAGGAUCCCAUUCCCAGGAGAGGAAGGAGGUGGAGACGAUGAGGAUGGAUGGGGGAAUAGAAGCCGAGGCGGAGCAGGAGGACAAGGAGCCGGAAAAGCCCAACGAGUCACCGGUUAUGGCCAUGCGUAGGAAGAUCGAAUCGACGGUGUCCAGGAUAUCCAGGAGGAUCCGCAGCGCCUCGGAGGAGCGAAGGAUAGCGUCCGAGGAAAGGGAAUCCAACAAGCCAGAGAGCAAGAAGACACCCCUGUUAUCCAUUCUGCACAGGUCGACUUCUGAGGGACGUAGCCUAAAGAGUAUGGCUGGAUCCGGUAUCCCUCAAAACCAGCUGGCUUCUCAGUCAGGCACCGGAACCUCCUCAGAGUCCAUGGAAUCUAUGUUCAGCAUCAAGUCGGAGAGAGCAUCCAAGGCAGGGGCAGAGGUAGGAAGGAGGUCCCGAUGGGACCAUUGGGGCCUAACCAGUGCUAGCAAGAAUGGCAAGAUGGUAUCGGAGUCUCACAUCCCCACGGCUAUUGCCAGAGAGAAUGACACCCUAAGCUCCCGCUUGUACACCAGACUGGCAUCUGACUUCCCUCCCGUGUUCCACAUCAAGUUGAGGGACUACACCCUGCUGGAGGGAGAUCCCAUCACCCUUAGCUGUCUCCCAGCUGGCAGCUCCCAUCCACACAUCUCCUGGAUGAAAGAUAAGAAGCCUCUGCAGAUUGACGCCAGAAUGAACAUUAUCUCCCGUCCUGAUGGCAGGCAGCUGCUGAUGAUCAUGACAACCACCAAGAAGGAUGCAGGGCUGUAUGAGUGUGUGGCAACAAACCUUCUAGCUUCGGUCUCCAGUUCCUGUAUCCUCUCCCUCGCUUGUUUACCCAAUCGUCCUGGGACUCCUGAGGUUCCCCAGCGCUAUAAGAACACUGCCCUGGUCCUCUGGAAGCCCUCAGACAGUAUGCCCCCCUGCACCUACUCUCCGGAGAGAAAAGCAGAGGGUGAGUCAUGCUGGCUCAUCGUGGCCACAGGAGUGGCUGACUGCUACUACAAUGUGGUUGACUUGCCAGGAGAGGGCGUCUUCAGGUUUAGAGUGGCGUGUGUGAACAAGGCAGGCCAAGGACCCUACAGUAACCUCUCAGAGAUAGAGUGCCUAGACGCUUCAGUGCCAACAAAAUGCAGUGGAUCAGUCGUUGUGAAGACAGUCCCUGCAGCACCAGUGGUCAAAACGUCAACAAUGACCGUCCCCUCCUUGAAGCCUGCGCCUAGUAAAGGGGUGCACCCCGCCCCAUAUUCUGCCCCAUUCAGAGAGACCCCGUCUGCCUCCGCUUCCUCUUCUGCUGUACUACCGGCCAAGCCUAUCGCUACUAUCCCCGCCUCUAAACCUAUUGAUUCCAAACCCAUAGUCCCUCAGACCCCAACCAGCGCUGCUUCCACCCCCAUGAUUAUUAGUGAGGUCCCAUCCUACCUGGCCAUCCCUGAGAUCCAAAGCCUGCUUCCGGCUCAGCACGCCCCAGCCCCGGCCAAAGCCAAGACCCUCCACAUCAACGUCACGAAACCUACACCGUCUCAACCAGCAAUCAUAACCAAGCUCACUCCCCCUAUCGUUCUCCCCAAACCCCAGAGUCCCGUCAAUAUCGUCUCGCCCAUGAUUAAGACCCCGCCCCCACUUGUGGCCCCUCUGCCCGCCGUCUGUAAACCCAUUUUGUCUGUGCCCAUGUAUGCACCAAUACUGGCUGCCACACCUCGCGCCACACCCGCCAUCUCAUCCCCAGUCAUGCUAAUUUCCAGCACGAGUCCAGUAGGGGAGGGUGGGGUUACACCCACACGUAUGACGCCGUCAGGAUGCAGAACGGCCUUGGGUGGACGACCUAGUGAGAGCACCCUGCGCCAGGGAGUGGCCCAGAAACCAUACACCUUCAUGGAUGAGAAGGCCAGGGGCCGCUUCGGCGUGAUCCGAGAAUGUAGAGAGAACGCCACAGGCAACCUGUUCAUGGCUAAGAUCGUGCCCUACGAGACAGACAACAAACAGACGGUGCUGCAGGAGUACAACAUCCUCAAGUCCCUCCACCACGAUAAGAUCAUGGCUCUGCACGAGGCCUACAUCACGCCCCGCUAUCUAGUGCUCAUCUCAGAGUGCUGCAGUGGGAAAGAGCUCAUCUACAGCCUUAUCGACAGAUUCCGCUACUCAGAGGAUGACGUGGUGGGCUACAUCAUUCAGGUUCUGCAAGGUUUGGACUACCUGCACAACCGCCGCAUCCUCCACUUAGACAUCAAGCCGGAGAACAUCAUCAUCACAUACAUGAACAUGGUGAAGAUCAUAGACUUUGGAAGCGCCCAGAACUUUGACCCACUCUUCCUCAAGCAGUUCAGUCCUCCUGUUGGAACUCUGGAGUAUAUGUCUCCCGAGAUGUUGAAGGGGGAUGUGGUGGGCCCUCCGGCUGACAUUUGGAGUGUGGGCGUGUUGACCUUCAUCAUGCUGAGCGGCAGGUUGCCUUUCAUGGAGAAUGAUCCACAGGAGACUGAAGCCAGAAUCUUGGCAGCUAAGUUUGAUGUGGGAAAACUCUACCAGAACGUGUCUCAAAGUGCCUCUCUGUUUUUUAAAAAGGUCCUCUGUAGUUACCCUUGGGCCCGUCCUUCCAUCAAGGACUGCUACAACAACUCAUGGCUCCAGGACGCCUACCUGAUGCGGCUGCGGCGGCAAACCCUCACCUUUACCACCACUCGCCUCAAGGACUACCUGGACAAGCAGCAGAAGCUGCGGGCGGGUGUGGCCACCAAGCACAAGGUCCUCCUUCGGUCGUACCAAAGCUCAUCCCAGUCCCCCACCAGCCCUAUACCCCCAUCUCCCAUGACACCGGUCACACAGUGAGCACGGCUUCAUGUGUCAAAUGCAUGAAGGCAGGAGCUGUUGCAUGAAAGGAGGUGCCUAAUCUAUAUGAGAAAGGUCCUAGGAUCAAGCCCCGAACAACCCCCUUGGCCCCCUAACCUGGUGAGAUGAGUUGUGAUUUUAGCUUUUCAGACAAAUGGACAUAAAAUCACAAUAUCCAGCAAUGGUUCGAGAUAUUAACAACCUCUCUGCCUCCACCAUAGAGUCCCUACAGAGAAUGUUCUUGUAAUGAGACAAUAACAGAAUAGUUAUUUGUGUAUUUCAUGGUGUGAUACAUGUUUCUCAAGGGCUGGAUGCCAGCUCAAAGUUCCAAACCUCUGCUCUCUCUUUUUAAUACUCACAAGCUCGUAAUUGUUUUAUCUAAACCUCUUGUAUCCAGGUAUCUUGUAUCUUCUCUUAACAUCUAGUACAUGUGUAAUUUUAUCUUUGAGCAUUUUCGAGCUAUGAAUACAGUGCAGAAGAUGUCCAAACUGAUGCGUAAAGGUGCAUAGCUUUCUGUAAGCAUGAACGAGGCCACUGUACAAUAUACUGUAGGCUACAAACACGAAGGACUCUUAAGGCUACUUUCAGAUUGACGCUUUAUUCCUUUUAGAAAGCAAUAGUAUUUGCUUUACAUGUGUGCUCCUUUGCACUUUUUAUCGAUUGCCACUUUUAUCCAUGCAUUUUCCUAAUUUCACCAUUCGUUUCGCUAUAGCUUAUCAUAUUAGAUGUUUCAUUAGUGAAUUAUCACUGAUCAAUGAUUUGGAGAAAACUAAACCACGAUCGUUCUCCCAGCAUGUCACAUUCUUUUAUUUGGUAAUGUUUAGGCCUAUACUAAAGGUUAUUUACAAUACAAGAUUACAAAUAAUAUAAAGACGCAUGCAAACAUCCAUGCGUAAAUAUCACCUGUCCAGGCCUGUUUGGUUAAAUGCGAUGCACCAUUCGGAGAUGCAAUUUGUAGUUACUCUGUAACUUAACAUGUUUCUGUUUCUACUCUGUGCAUUAGGGCCUGUCAUUUGUAUUUAUACUGUGCAUUAAUUGUACACACAUCCAGAUACUUAGCUCGUUUGUGUGGUGGCUGUCAGGGAUGGGAGAUUCUCUGAAUAUUUAUUACUACGGCUGUGGACAGAUCGAGGUUAUUGGGACAGUAGCCUAUUAUGUCUUAUAUCGCUGGGUAACAAACAAAGGUUGUAAUGAUGAGAGUAUAAAACUAUUGACUAUAAACUUGUGCUGUUUUCUGUUGAUUUAAACAGCUUGUGUCAUAAGGGGAGGUCCAAGGCAGGUUGGAUUAAUUUGCAUACAGGACGGGACCAGAGAACCUGGUCACAAUAUUGAAUUGACGUUGUGGGCAGAUGAGACACAUUUUAUUCCUAUGUGUAGGCGUAACAAAUCUCGAUCAGAUAUUGAUUGGGUCAUCUUGAUUGGAUGACGACAACCACAUGUUAAUGCAAUGUGUUACCACAGCUUUUUACUGUAAGAAUGCAUAUGAUUGCAAACUAUUCAUCAGUUAUUCAUAAUGCAGGUCCUCACCUUUAAAUUAGGAUGAUGCUUGGAGAAAGAAUGUAUUUUUGUUUUGGGUAUAUUGCCAAAUGGUUACUUACUCAGAAAAUAAAUGUAUGUAGGUGCAUGUCACAUCCACGCAGAUUAGGAAAAUGUUAAUUUAUGAAACUGUUAGGUUUCACCUUUUUUUUUUACAUUUUGUUAAUCGAUUCUAAGUUUUGCUAUCUUCGUUAUCAAACAUUGAAACAGUAUAUAUAACAAAAUAUAUUUAUUGUGUAGAUAGAGUACCAGUUAGAAGUUACUUUUUUGGUUACUACAUGAUUCCAUACAAUGCCUUGCAAAAGUAUUCACCCCAAUUUGCAUUUUUCCUAUUUUGUUGCAUUACAACCUGUAAUUUAAAUGGAUUUUUAUUUGGAUUUCAUGUAAUGGACAUACACAAAAGAGUCCAAAUUGGUGAAGUGAAAUGAAAAAUAAUAACUUGUUAAAAACAAUAAUGUUUUUAUUCAAUGGAAACGUGGUGCGUGCUAUCAAUCCCCUAAAUAAGAUCUGGUGCAACCAAUUACCUUCAGAAGUCACAUUAUGAGUUAAAUAAAGUCCACCUGUAUGCAAUCUAAGUGUCACAUGAUCUCAGUAUAUAUACACCUGUUUUGAAAGGCCCCAGAGUCUGCAACACCACUAAACAAGGGGCACCACCAAGCAAGCAACACUAUGAAGACCAAGGAGCUCUUCAAACAGGUCAGGUACAACCUUGUGGAGAAGUACAGAUCAGGGUUGGGUUAUAAAAAAAUAUGAGAAACUUUGAACAUCCCAUGGAGCACCAUUAAAUCCAUUAUUUUAAGAAUGGAAAG